GCUAAUAACUGACUUGCCUUACUGACUUUGCUGUUUCUAUUCUUACCGCUUCUACUAACUAGAUAACAACUGAAGAGUGCCGUGACUGACGAUGGACCACGUACCUAUAGUAGUAAACAUUAACUACGGAGUACUUCCUCCAGCAAGACCAAUGUAGUAGCAGUCAUGAGUCGCAGUGGGUAACUAUAACAGUCAGAUACCAACACACUCAGUAUUGUCAUGCUGGGAAAUGGACACUAAUCCACCACAAUUUAUGCGACAAUUAGAGCUGGUCGCGGGGCUAAUCACAGCCCUGCCUCGAGUGAAUUAGGCAGGUAGCAGGGGGAAGCCGGUAACAUACCGAUUCCCAUAAUUACCCAGAGGGUACAUGCCUGCUGUACUUUUGGGCAGGAAAUUCACCCGAAUUUGGUAUGGGAGGUACAAACAGAGUACGGAGUGGUACCUCGGUGGGCUCGGUCUUACCCAGUUGGGGAUUAGCGGCACCACACUAAGAGUGGGAAGACUCGUGGCCGCCACUGGAAUGAUUAUCACCGUAUUCCUGGGUACGGGGGGAGGCAAGAAAUGUAAAAAAAGAGAGGCGAAAAAAACAGAGACACGACAGGCAGGAAAAAGGAAGAUGUAGGCUAAGAAAAGAGAGACAUGAGACACAUGGAUAAACUAUGUAGAAUGAAAGAAAAGUCCAAUCCCAUUGAGACAACUAGCCCAUCAACCAAACAGAUACGACAUCAUAACACCUCACAACUACGUAAACACGCGACUAAAAAAGAACAAAAAGAUAUCUGUCUCUCACUCUCACUCUCACUCUUACUCUUACUCUUCUCUGGCCAUCAAAUGAAAGCCGCCAGAUGAUUGUUUCGGUGAAGGGCCUCCGUUCGGACUGGCGUCCCGUGGUUGGUGGGCGCCGCUGCCCUUUUAGGGGUUCGUCUUGUUCCUUUCUCAGCAGUGGUUCGGUUAGUGACUGUCGGACCCAGCAUUUCACGCCCCUUGGUUCGCCGCUGCCCUCCUUAGCGGGAACCCAAAUCCCCUGAAGGGGGGGGCCACUCAUCACCGCCAACGAGGUGUCGCUCUCGGAGGAAUGGCGAUGAU